AAAUUCUAUAUUUUUGUUCGUCACAUCUCCUGUGGCGUUGUUGCUCUGCCCUUCCAACUCCGACUACUCCGCUCUUCACUGAAUACUUCUGUUCAUUUUUCAGAAAACAAACAAAGAAGAUUUUUUUUUUAUCCAUGGGAAGACCUUAGGUGAUGUAAUCUUUGCUUUGUUUACGCCCGCAAAGGGUCCAGUUCGCGAAAGCGGAACAUCGCUGUGGAAGUACGCACCGCAAAAUUACAAACCUCAAUCGCCGGAAUGUCAACAGCCGUCAAAGGCAUCCUAUGGAAGCUAACAAGGCUAAAUAGAAGGAAUGGAGUCGAUAUGUUUAAGGUUUUACCCGGAGUCCGUUAUAAAAGUUCGAAGGUUCGCGAGCAAGUGAGGAUCCCUGACCUUGCACAGGAUUUUAAAGGGAUGGAUCCGUCUUUUCCAUGUUUAUCCGAUCUUUCUAUAAGGUCAAAAUCAAACAGUCAUGGCAUUGACCCAGUCUAUUCCAAAGUGAAUUCAGGAUACAAGACAUUUGUGUAUGACAACCCGUUCUACUUCCAGCAUAACGAUGGGGUUAUCCCGCAGCUGGAGAUUGCUUAUGAGACAUGGGGAGAGCUAAACAGUGAUAAAACUAAUGUGAUACUUCUUUGCACUGGAUUGUCAGCAUCUUCACAUGCUCGUAGUCAUAGGAAAAAUCCAAAUCCGGGCUGGUGGGAGAACUUCAUUGGUCCGGGCUGUGCGCUAGAUACUGAUAAAUUUCACAUCAUCUGCUGUAAUGUGAUUGGUGGAUGCUAUGGUUCAAGUGGCCCAUCUUCCAUAAACCCAGUCACGAACAAGCCAUAUGCCACAACGUUUCCUAUUGUCACAGUGAAUGACAUGGUCCGCGCACAAUUCCUACUCCUUGACUCUUUAGGGGUCAACAAAGUCCACGGCGUGGUCGGGUCAUCCCUUGGAGGAAUGCUUUCACUUACUGCGGCAAGCAUGUAUCCAGACAGGGUAAACCGAAUGGUGACAAUCUCGGCUUGCGCCCAGUCCCACCCGGCAUCCCUCGCGCUACGAUACGUGCAGAGGCGCGUUCUGAUGAGCGAUCCGAACUGGAACAAAGGGUUUUACUACCACGGCCGCUUCCCUCGACUCGGGAUGAAACAUGCGCGCGAGGUUGCUACGAUAACGUACCGAAGUGGUCCCGAGUGGGAAGAGAGGUUUGGUCGUAAGCGUAUCGACCAUACCAAGCCAAUCAGGCCGAGCUUUUGCCCUGAAUUCGAGAUCGAAAGCUAUUUAGACUAUCAGGGAGACAGUUUUUGCGUAAAAUAUGAUCCCAACUCAUUCCUCUAUAUCUCCAAGGCAAUGGACCUAUUCGAUCUUGGCGAGGGUUUUGAUUCUUUGCAAGACGGAGUGGCGCGAAUCGUCUGCCCUACUCUGGUCCUUGGAGUUCAGUCGGAUGUCCUCUUCCCUGUGACGCAGCAGCGAGAGAUAGAGCAUCUACUGAGAGAGGCUGGAAACCAUAGUGUAACAUAUUACGAGCUUCCAUCCAUAUAUGGGCAUGACACAUUUCUUCUAGAUGUAGUGGCUGUGGGUGCCUCUGUCAAGGGACAUUUAGAAACCGACCUAAAGCUCAAUGGCAAGAACAGGAAAAAGAGAUGAAUGUUAUAUCUUCGGGAUAAUGAAAACGUGCACUUGCUUUACAUACAAUGUAAGCACAUAGUACAGUCAACUGUGACUAUAACAUACAUCCUUAGGACCAUUUCGAUUACUGACACCCUGGUGACCCUUUCGAUUACGGACAUCCUGGUGACCCUCUCUAUUACGGUCACCCUCGUGACCCUCUCUAUUACGGACACCCUGGUGACCCUUUCGAUUACGGACACCCUGGUGACCCUCUCUAUUACGGUCACCCUUGUGACCCUCUCUAUUAUGCACCCUCGUGACCCUCUCUAUUACGGUCACCCUCGUGACCCUCUCUAUUACGGUCACCCUCGUGACCCUCUCUAUUAUGCACCCUCGUGACCCUCUCUUUUACGGACACCCUCGUGACCCUCUCUAUUAUGGUCACCCUCGUGACCCUCUCUAUUACGGUCACCCUCGUGACCCUCUCUAUUACGGUCACCCUCGUGACCCUCUUUAUUAUGCACCCUCGUGACCCUUUCGAUUACGGACACCCUGGUGACCCUCUCUAUUACGGUCACCCUCGUGACCCUCUCUUUUACGGACACCCUUGUGACCCUCUCUAUUAUGGUCACCCUCGUGACCCUCUCUAUUACGGUCACCCUCGUGACCCUCUCUAUUACGGUCACCCUCGUGACCCUCUCUAUUGUGGUCACCCUCGUGACCCUCUCUAUUACGGUCACCCUUGUGACCCUCUCUAUUAUGGACACCCUGGUAACCCUCUCUAUUAUGGUCAUCCUCAAGACCCUCUUUAUUACGGUCACCCUCGUGACCCUCUCUAUUAUGGACACCCUGGUGACCCUCUCUAUUACGGUCACCCUCGUGACCCUCUCUAUUAUGGUCACCCUCGUGACCCUCUCUAUUAUGGACACACUCGUGACCCUCUAUUAUGGUCACCCUCGUGACCCUCUCUAUUACGGUCACCCUCGUGACCCUCUCUAUUACAGACACCCUCGUGACCCUCUCUAUUACGGACACCCUCGUGACCCUCUCUAUUACGGACACCCUCGUGACCCUCUCUAUUACGGUCACCCUCGUGACCCUCUCUAUUAGGGUCAUCCUCGUGACCCUCUCUAUUACGGACACCCUCGUGACCCUCUCUAUUACGGUCACCCUCGUGACCCUCUCUAUUAUGGUCAUCCUCGUGACCCUCUCUAUUACGGACACCCUCGUGACCCUCUCUAUUACGGUCACCCUCGUGACCCUCUCUAUUACGGUCACCCUCGUGACCCUCUUUAUUAUGCACCCUCGUGACCCUUUCGAUUACGGACACCCUGGUGACCCUCUCUUUUACGGUCACCCUCGUGACCCUCUCUAUUAUGGACAAACUCGUGACCCUCUCUAUUAUGGUCACCCUUGUGACCCUCUCUAUUAUGGACACACUCGUGACCCUCUCUAUUUCGGACACCCUCUGGACCCUCUAUAACGGACACCCUCGCCACCAUAUUGUUCUAUACUUUCAGUUUGCCAUCAUUUCUACUGGAAGUUAAAUUAUGUAAAAUAAUCUAACUAAACAAAGUUGUAUACUUUUUUCACCGAAUUAAAAAAACAUGUUGCAAUGGCAACCCUUCCCCUCCCCCCCCCCCCCCACAUCAACCAACGAAAAUUCAGCCUUUGCACUUUCUUAUUUUCUUGGAUGACAAAAUAAUGAUCAUAAAGCAUGUGAUAAUUUAUGGAUUCAGGUUUUAUUUUAGAUCAAAACAUGCAUCAAGACAUUUUUUUAAAUAAACAAGCAUUUGAAUAAA